AUUCAAUGAAUGUAGCCAUGAAACAGAUUUAUAAAUAAUAUAAAAGAGGUCAGCUCUGUAAGUCGCGAAAAAGUUUGAUCAGAACUUCCAGUCGAACUAAGCAGUCCUAUCGAACUUGUUGUCUCUUUUCUCUCAGCGCAGGCUGUGGUUCUAUAGAGAGUAGGCAUGUCGACGCCGAGGAAGAUGCUGAUUGAUGGGGAGCGGGGCGGUGCUGCUGGCGCAGAGGAUGAGAGCUACGAUUUUGAUCUCUUUGUGAUUGGUGCCGGGAGUGGUGGAGUCCGCGCCGCUAGAACUUCUUCUGGCUUCGGAGCCAAGGUGGCUAUCUGCGAGCUUCCAUUCAAUCCUAUUAGCUCUGAAGUUAAUGGAGGAAUUGGUGGAACAUGUGUUAUUCGUGGUUGUGUUCCUAAAAAGAUAUUGGUGUAUGGAGCACAAUUUGGAGGUGAAUUUGAGGAUGCACGAAACUUUGGGUGGGAACUUAGUGAUCAAAUUGAUUUCAACUGGAAAAAGCUUUUGCAUAAUAAGACCCAAGAAAUUGUAAGACUAAAUGGCGUAUACAAGCGGUUACUAUCCAAUGCUGGAGUGACCAUCUUUGAGGGAGAGGGCAAGGUUGUUAGUGCUAACAAAGUUGAGGUGAUUCAACCAGAUGGGUUAAAGCAACAGUAUUCGACCAAACAUAUCUUGAUUGCAACUGGGAGUCGAGCUCAGCGUGUUAAUAUACCCGGUCAGGAGUUGGCGAUCACCUCAGAUGAGGCAUUGAGCUUGGAUGAACAACCCAAACAUGCUGUGGUACUUGGGGCAGGGUACAUUGCUGUAGAAUUUGCUUCAAUCUGGCGUGGGAUGGGUGCUGAAGUUGACUUGGUCUAUAGGAAGGAGCUUCCAUUAAGGGGUUUUGAUGAUGAAAUGAGAGCAGUGGUUGCCAAAAAUCUUGAAGGAAGGGGAAUUAGAUUACACCCUGGAAAGAAUAUACAAGAGUUAAGUAAAACAGAAGAGGGCAUCAGAGUUUUGACGGACCACGGAGAUGUGAUUGUGGCUGAUACUGUCUUGUUUGCUACAGGUAGGGCCCCAAACACAAAAAGAUUGAAUCUUCAAGCUGUUGGUGUUGAGUUGGAUAAAGCUGGAGCUAUCAAGGUGGAUGAGUAUUCUCGCACUACUAUCCCAAGCAUAUGGGCUGUUGGAGAUGUUACGAACCGGCUGAAUUUGACUCCUGUGGCUUUAUUGGAGGGGACUUGCUUCUCAAAAACUGUUUUUGGCGGGCAGCCAACCAAACCUGACCAUAGUAAUGUUCCUUCUGCCGUAUUUUGCAUACCACCUCUUUCAGUUGUUGGUCUCAGUGAGCAGCAGGCUGUAGACCAAGGCAAGAGUGAUAUUUUGGUUUUUACUUCUACAUUUAAUCCAAUGAAGAAUUCAAUUUCUGG